UCAGUAUUACCGGGGGAGGGGUGAGGGGGCGCCGGUUAACGCCAUUUUCACGCUCCGAGCAGUCACUCAUCGUCUCGCGGAGCUGUCAUCCGCAGCACCGAUUCAUUUGUUCAGUCCGUCACGUGACGCCUCGGUCUGGGCAGUGACGCGGAGCUGCUGUUGGUAUGGAACAGGACAGGAUAUUCACCUGAGCGGCUCCGGUUGGACUCAAUGUUUUGACGUAAGGCUGCUAGGUGCUAGCAUGUAGCUAACCGGACUGUAGCAUUUGAUGCAGUAAGGUCCAGCUAACCAAAACACACCCAACCACUGGACAAGCCACUGGUUGGAAUUUCUGUUUUUUCGUUCUUCAUAGUCUUCACAACCAUAAGCUGUUGGUGACAGAAAAGGGGACAGCUCGGGGGAAACGAGAAGGGUAAAUUGGAACGACUCAGUGGAGCUCCACUGGCAACGAAUGUCCCACAGAACGGAUGCGUGAGGACAUGUCCACAAUGGUGUGUGUGAAGGAGGAGGAGGACCCGGGGGAGAAACUGUCUCAGGAUGAGAUCAUCUCCCGGACCAAGCAGGUGAUGCAGGGCCUGGAAGCCCUGAAGCAGGAGCACCAUUCCAUCCUGGAAGGCCUGCUGGGCACGCUGCGCUGCCUGAAGCAGGACGAAGAGGGAGUCCUGGUGGAGGAGAAGUCGCACAUGAUCCGGAAAUCCCUGGAGAUGCUGGAGCUCGGUCUGAGCGAGGCUCAGGUGAUGAUGGCGCUGUCCAGCCACCUGAGCUCCGUUGAGUCAGAGAAGCAAAAGCUGCGGGCGCAGGUACGCAGGCUGUGCCAGGAGAACCAGUGGCUGAGGGACGAGCUGGCGGGAACGCAGCAGAAGCUGCAGAAGAGCGAGCAGAGUGUAGCGCAGCUGGAGGAGGAGAAGAAGCACUUAGAGUUCAUGAACCAGCUGAAGAAGUAUGACGAGGACCUGUCCCCCUCGGAAGAGAAGGAGUGUGACUCCAGUAAAGAGACCUUGGAUGACCUCUUCCCAGAUGACCAGGAUGACCAAGCUCCAGGCAUGCAGCCAGCUCACGGUAGCGCAGCGGCAGCAGCUGCCCAGCAGGGCGGCUAUGAGAUCCCAGCCCGCCUCAGGACCCUCCACAACCUGGUGAUCCAGUACGCGUCCCAGGGCAGGUACGAGGUGGCCGUGCCGCUCUGCAAGCAGGCGCUGGAAGACCUGGAGAAGACCUCUGGACACGACCACCCAGACGUAGCCACCAUGCUUAACAUCCUGGCGCUUGUUUAUAGGGAUCAGAACAAAUACAAGGAAGCAGCCAACCUGCUAAACGAUGCUCUGGCCAUCAGAGAGAAGACUCUUGGCAGAGACCAUCCAGCUGUGGCGGCUACCCUCAAUAACCUGGCUGUCUUAUAUGGGAAGAGAGGGAAGUACAAGGAGGCAGAACCUCUCUGCAAGAGAGCGCUGGAGAUCAGAGAAAAGGUGUUGGGGAAGGACCACCCAGACGUGGCCAAGCAGCUGAACAACCUGGCCCUGCUGUGCCAGAACCAGGGCAAGUAUGAGGAGGUGGAGUAUUACUACAUGAGAGCUCUGGAGAUCUACCAAACCAAACUGGGACCAGAUGACCCCAACGUGGCCAAAACCAAGAACAACCUGGCUUCCUGUUACCUAAAGCAGGGCAAAUUCAAGCAGGCUGAGACUCUGUAUAAAGAAAUCCUCACUCGCGCUCAUGAGAGGGAGUUUGGCUCUGUUGAUGAUGAGAACAAACCAAUCUGGAUGCAUGCUGAAGAGAGAGAGGAACAAAGCAAGGGGAAACUGAAGGACAGUUCACAAUUUGGAGAAUAUGGAGGCUGGUACAAAGCAUGUAAAGUUGACAGCCCCACGGUCACCACAACCCUGAAGAACCUGGGAGCUCUUUACAGGCGGCAGGGCAAGUUUGAGGCAGCUGAGACUCUGGAGGAGGCAGCCAUGCGCUCCAGAAAGCAGGGUCUGGACAAUGUGCACAAGCAACGCGUUGCUGAGGUUCUCAGUGAACCAGAGGCCGGCGACAAGCAUCGCAGCCGAGAGAGUCUGACUUCAGACACGGUGAAGUACGAGAGCGGGCCGGACGGUGGCGAGGAAGUGAGUAUGAGCGUGGAGUGGAACGGGGCUUAACUCCAGAUGCCUUGUAAUGGUUCUAAAAACUUGUCUUCUGCAUGACGGAUGCCUGGCCUCACCUCGCCUCCACCCCUCCAGCUUUGCGGUUUUCUUCAAUUUCCGGCUCCAACCCCCUCGAACCUCUCGCUCUUUUUUUUUUUUUUUUCCUGGAGGGAUUCUUCACACCACACUGAACCACACUGAUACCACUCUGACGCCUCUCUAACCCCACUGAAGUGUUCAUCUGCUGUGGGUGGUGGGCGACCGCUGUGACAGUAUGUCCAUAAACAUAGCUGUUCUGCCCAGGAGUUAUCUUCAUUUUGGCCUGAACUCCAAAACAAUGAGCUUAUUGUUGCUGUUCCUCGCAAAAGUUUUCAUAUUUUUGGAACUUUUUCUCUUUUUGACAGAAUACAAUCAUAAAAUUCAGCUUUGUGAUUUUUGGAGGAUUUUAUGGGAGAGACUAACACAAAGUAGUGCAUAAUUGUGAAAUGGAAGGAAAAGAUACAGUUUUCAAAACCUUUUACAAAUUAAAAUCUGAAAAGUGUGGCAGUGUUUUUUUUUUUUUUGUUCAGCACCUUUUACUUUGAUGCCCUAAAAAAUAUGUACCAUAGCAACCAACUGCCUUCAGAAGUCACUUAGUUAGUUGGUACAUCUGCUGCACAACAUCCACAGUGAAUCAUGGUGGUGGCAGCAUCAUUCUGUGUAGACAGAAAAGAAAUAGCUGGUCAGAGUAAAUGGACAAUAACUUGUAAACAAGUGGUCAAAGAUCUACAUUCAUAUGUGGGACUGCAGCUAACAAUUAUUGUAGUAAUUGAGUAUUUCAUCAAGUAUUCUGACAUUUAUUUGGAUAAAGAAAUUGGCACAUUAUGCAGAUUUUUCAUUUAACCUUUUAGGCCUAUUUUAUACUAGAAAUAUGUAAAAAAGAAAAAAAAAGGCAAAUAAAACAAUUCAGUUCCUUUCUCAAAAUAAGAAAAUAAAAAUUUCAUUGCCUAAAAUUUAAUAACAGCUUUCCUUUACUGAACACUUGAUCAUAUUUAGCUAAUUUACUAUUUAUUUAACUUAUUUUACUAAUUGACUAGUUAGUUUGCGAAGUUGUUAAGAAAAGCUGUUUGAUAAUGACUGAAGAGAGCUGGAUACAAAAAAAUACAUGGACGUUCAGUUAUGUGCUGCUAUUUUGUGUUGGUUUGUUGCCUAAAAGCUCUAAAAAGAAUAUAAAGAAAAAGGUUUGUGAUUGUAACUUGAAUAAGUUAUAAGGGGGAAUGAAUUCUUUUGCAUCACAUUUAAAUAUGAAUAGCUAACGCUGUUUAGAUCUCAACACAGCUGUCAGAUGGUUGUUCUAAUUCUUACACAUGUUGUUUUUUAUGACACCUGUGUACGUAUAUGCAGUUUUAUGGAAACGUGGAUCGUGAAUAUAGGCAAGUUUUCGCCUAUAUUAAAAAUAAUCAGGAUCAAGCAUUGGAUCUGCUCCUCUGUCAUUAGUCAUGUUUGUAAAAACGGAACCGACUUGAAGGCUACACGUCCAAAUGAAGCAAAACUGUAACAAAGUGUCAAGGACGAAGACACUUUGUUACAGUGUCUUAGAAAAGAGACAUUAUGGUUGAUGUUGAUUUUCCUUUGGGUCAGAAUGACAGGGAAACGUUUGGAUGUUCAAACAUAUCAGCCCCUAUUAAAAUCCACUACAAUAAUCUUCAUGUCUUAUAGAAACAUAACCUGUCGAUGGCAUUAUGACGUGACCUAUUCCAGUCAGAGAACACAGUUCAAACUUUGUCACCAGGUCAUGAUAUCCUGCAGGUCUAAUGAACUGAAUUACCCAUUUUCUGUUGACAGAAAUAAUCCGAGUAGUGACUAAACGCAUUGUAAAUAACAGCAUCAGCAUGAUCAGGAGCAGCGUAGUUUGUAGUUCUGCACAUCUAGGUCUUGCUUCCUGCCACAGUAGCCAGUAGUUUGUCACUUUGUGCUCAUCUGUUUACUGGGAGGUCAGGGGUCACUAGAGCAUGUGAAUGGCAGCUGGUUUUCAUGCAGGAGGAAUUAAAAUGUGGAUUUAAGAAAAGCUGUAAGUUUUUUAUUAUUAUUUAUUUAUUUAAUUUAAAACUGUAUUCAGAUAAAUUCGACUGAAAAAGAGUUUCAUCUUUACCGUCUGUGUAUCUAUCUUAGGGUUGGUAGUGAGAAAGUGACGGCAUUUGGUGUAAACAAGCAUUAUUUGUUGCAUUUCCUGGAACUUUGGGGUUUAAGUAGCCUUUUCCUCAGCCUGUCCUCGACUUCUGCUACUAAUAUUCUGUGUCCUCUGUCUCGUUUGUGCAUCUCCCAGUUUGUCUUUAACUUCUAAUAAAACCUAAUCUCUCUGCUUUACCUGAACCUGUGCCUCUUGCCUCUUUGUGCAUUCCUUCUCUGCUUCUGUGUGCCUUCGUGACCGAAUGAGAGUGAAGUUUCUGCACCACACAGCAGCAAAACACUUUCAUAUCUCACUUACCUGUGUCAUUUUUCAUUCCACAUUUUUCUAAAUUGUCUUUCAAAUUGUCAGUCUUUGUGUUCCAGAGGUUUACUGAGUAGUUUGGUGUCUAGGAAUUCACUAACAUCAGUUGACUUCUUGGAGACAUAGGGUUUGUCAAAGCUACAGUCCAGAUAGACUGAGAUCAAAGUUAGCUGUAGUUUACAACAUGAUCAAAAUGUUUUAGGCUUAAACAGAAAAGCCUUUAUGCUUCAGAAAUAAUGUAGCAUAAUUAUCACAGUGUAACUAGUCAUUCUUUUCCAAUAUUAACGGACUCAAGGAUUUACCACGGUAACCACUAAAUUUAGUGCCAGAUUUCAACUAGGAGCAAAGAAUAAUAUGCAGUCCAGAGAAAA